UUUCGGAAAGAAUGGCAGAGUGAAAACAACAAACAAACGUCAAUGAGGACCUGCUGCGUAAAAGUGUCUGCAAAUUAUGUUUAAGAUUUUACAAGAUAGAUAUUAUGGCUUAGAGAGUAGACAAAAAUUAUACAAUGCAGCAAAAGGGAAUAUUGAUUUUGUGCAACGACUGAAACUACAUAACAAGAUAGAAGUUCAUUCUGGAUGUGUGAACACAAUUUGCUGGAAUGAAACAGGACAGUAUCUCCUGUCUGGAUCUGACGACCAGCACCUGAUUAUAUCAGAGCCAUUCACUGGAAAGUUCACAUCUGUGAGAUCAGGACAUAGGGCAAACAUAUUCAGUGCCAAAUUUUUACCGUACACUAGUGAAAGGAUUGUAAGCUGCUCUGGUGAUGGAAAAAUCUGUUACACUGACGUGGACACAAGCUCAAGAACUAAUGUUUUUGACUGUCAUUUUGGAACUACAUAUGAGGUGGUAGUUAUUCCCAGUGAGUCUUCCACCUUUCUGUCUUGUGGAGAGGAUGGCACGGUCCGCUGGUUUGACCUCAGGGCCAAGACGUCCUGUCAAAGGGAGGAUUGUAAGGAGGACAUUCUUAUAAACUGCCGGCGAGCUGUUACGUCUUUGGUUGUUAACCCCCUGAUUCCCUAUGAACUGGGCAUUGCAUGUGCUGACAGUUCUGUGAGAAUAUAUGACAGGAGAAUGCUGGGAACCAGAGCCUCAGGUUCCCACAGUAGUAAAGGUAUCACAGGAAUGAUCUGUAAAUUCACUGCACCAACCCUGUCCAACAGGCCGCAUAGGAUUACCUCCCUUGCUUACAGUCCCAAUGGAGAUGAUAUUCUGGUCAGCUAUUCCUCAGAAUACAUCUACCUGUUUGGAUCAAGGGAUUAUAAAACCAAGAAAUUACAGGCACCUGCAGAGAUCUUUAAAAAGACAAAACACAGGGGUGAUCAAAUACCAAAGAAAUUCAAAUCAUCUGACUUGUUAGCAGACAUGCCAUCUACAUCUAAGGCACCACCUAAAGCCAAAGAAACUGACCCCCAACCAACCCCCAGGAGUCCCUUAGUCCCCCCAGCUGACCUUCCCCCAUCCAGCACUCCUCCUCAUACCUCCUCUUCACCUAGACAGUCCACUUCUGAGGGGGUCACUUCCAUGUUACUACCCCAGAACCCAUCAGGGUCAGGCUCAUCACUAAGGCAACCACCAAUCAAAAGACUUCGUCUCCGUGGAGAUUGGUCUGACACUGGACCUCAUGCCAGACCUGAGAGUGAGCGACAGACAAAUGAACAACCAGACAGACAGACCACUAUUAUGCAGAGAAUGUCGGACAUGCUGACACGAUGGUUAGAUGGUAACCUAAGAAGACAGGAGGAGGAUGGGAGGGAAGAGGGAGGUGAUGAAGUCCAGGGAGCCAAUUCUGAAGAUCAGGCCUCGGGGGGUCAGGCUGAGGAAAAUGGAACUGAAGGAGGUGAUGAAAUUGUCAGGGAACCCUCUGUUGUUGAAGAAAUGGAAACAGAAAACACCCCUGACAGUGAUAGAUUACAAAAUUUUUCAUCACAUCAAGAUUCCAGUGUAGAAAACCAAGACAACGUCAGCUGUGGAGACAAUCUUCAGUCGGUCUGUGAUAAACCUAAUGUCAAUUCCAAACCAAGUGCAAUACCUAAACCCAGUAGUCUUUCCCGAUCCCAGACAGCUGUGUCAGACAGUGGUGUUAAUGUUACUCAAUCUGGUCCUUCUGAGGCAUCCAGAGGGAUAGCAAAUCAUGAGCAAAUUUGGGGGCCCCAAGAAGGAAGGAAUAUUAUUUCAGGUGAGCAGAGGAGGCACCAGGCAGGAUUAUUGGUUGAGGAGGAGCCAGUAAUUAGUCUGCAUUACUCCUCUGAGGGCACCACCAGCAGUACAGUCAGACUUGGUUUUGCCAGAUUUGAAAAUUUAGAAGCUGGUAUUCUACAGAGAAGUGCUGAGAAUGCUUCAUUACAGCCUUUAGUCAGAGAGACAACUCCAACAGGAAAUAGAGACUUAGAGAGCCACACUACUGAGGUGACUACUCAAAUGGGAAAUUCUGUGAAAGAUAAUAAAGAGGAAAAUAGAGACUCUGUUGGUUUUUCUGAUUCUACAGACAGUAGUGAUAUUUUUGACAGUGAUUCUUGUUCUGCUGAGUCAGCAAAAGUGGAUUCUGGUGAGCAGUGUGAAAGUGCUGAAGGUAAGGAAGGAGCUGAUUCUAUAACUGAAUCUCAUGAAACUAAAAAUGUUAGUAAAACUCUUGCUGAGUCAGGCUCUGACAAUCAACCUUCAACCAGCUCAGAGGGUCAACCAAGGAGAGCAGGUCGACGAGACGCCAGCGCAGCUGUGAAAGAGAAGAUAAGACAGAUUGGACGGAUGAGGAUUUUAGAAAGACUUUGUAGGGAGGGGGUAUCUGGAUCACAGCAGGACAGACACACAGAUGAUGGUGGAACUUCAGAAGAGGAGGAGCUGCCAGUUCCUAGGGGCAUCAGUCAUACAGAUGACCGGACAACAGGUAGUGUAGCUGCAGGAGGUUCAGAAGAAAGUAGAACGGGGACGACUCCUCACUCAGGUCAGGAGGAUGUAGGAUCAGAUGAGGAAGGGGAAGGUCAAAGGGACACCCUGGAGAGACACAUUACCGCCAUCAGACUACAGGAGCUGUACAAAAAACGCCAGGAGGAGAGAGAGAAUGAGGAGAUAGAGAUGAGGAGCAUCCACCAGCCCCUCCACAAAAUCAAGUUCAAAGGUCAUAGGAAUGCUCGAACAAUGAUAAAGGAAGCUAACUUCUGGGGUGACCAGUUUGUAAUGAGUGGUUCGGACUGUGGCCACAUCUUUAUCUGGGAUCGAUACACCGCUAAGCUAGCCAUGCUUCUGGAGGCUGACCGUCAUGUUGUCAACUGUCUACAACCACAUCCUUAUGAUCCAAUUUUAGCCUCCAGUGGUAUAGACUAUGACAUCAAACUGUGGAUGCCUUUAGAGGAAAAUCCAAAGUUUGAGGAAGAGGUAGCAGCUGAGAUCAUGAGACGUAAUGAAGUGAUGCUGGAGGAGACACGAGACACCAUUACUGUUCCUGCUGCUUUUAUGCUGCGUGUUUUGGCCUCCCUCAACCAGAUCAGAGCAGGUCGUGCAUCCUCCAACAGUGAAGCUGUGGCUGAAAAUGACAGUUCAUCCAGUGAUUCCGAGUGACUCCAUCAAUUACUGAUUCAACAUAUGUCUUCUAUUCUUUAUGACUUUCAAUUUGCAAGAUGUUUUGUUAAAGACUCUCAGUAUGCGAAAAGCUGAAUAGAGUCAGCUUGAAGUGUGAUUCUGAAUUACUGAGGUUGCUUUGAUGAUUUUGAGUGUUAUUUUAAACUCUCAUGUACAUUUAUACAUUGUUUCAGGCUUUAUUAAAAUACCUUACAGGUUACCUGUGUGUGAUUUUAAAUAUGUUGACAUUGUUGCUGAUUUUAUGCUUUAAAGCAAAAUAAAAAGAUCAGUUCAG